GCGACCCCAGCUCGUGAGUCUCAGGGGUGGCGGCGGCGCCUGGCGAGCUCCUCCCGUGAGCGCCCGACGGCAGCCGGCGGUGCGCUCUCCCGAAACUGGCAGUGGAGCGUGCCCUCCCGAGCCCGGCGGUAGCACCUGGCGGGGGGCCCCUCCCGAGCUUGCCCGACGGCGGCAGGCGGCCGGGCGGAGGCGCCCUCCCGAGCCCCACGGCGGCGCAAGUCGGAGCGCUAGCUCCCGAGCCCGGUAGCGGCGCCAGGCAGAGUGCGGCCGAUGGUGAAGGCGGCGCCAGGCAGAGUGCGGCCGAUGGCGAAGGCGGCGCCAAGCAAAGCGCGGCCGACGGCGAGCGGCGCCAGGCGGAGCGCACCGGCAGAGCGCCAGGCAGAACCUCUGGAAUCUAUUCCUCCACGGCAUGUCGGGUUGAAUCAGCAUGAGUUAGAACUUGUUAUUAAUGUCAUUUUGGAGUUUGCCGGAUGGGGGACCAAAGACAUACAGGACGAGGGAAACCUUGACCACAACUGUUGACAUGCAUAGUUAUGGACUUAUGGUUUAUUGCAGUUAGUAGACUAUAUUGGUGAUAGAUUUGUAUGGGGUUCAAAGCAAUACAUUUCUUUGUGGCGGUCAUUGGAGGAUGCUUCUAUUCAGAUUAAAAGUGAUAAAGAUGUAUUAGAGUGGUUUCAACUAAACCAAGAGAAUGGAGUUGUGGACAUUGAUGCCCAGAUCAAUGAUUUUGAAGGUCCAUUGCAGAUGGAGUUCUCACCCACAAAACGUAGGUUGCACCCUUCAGUGAGGAACAAAAUUGCACAAACUCCGGAUACACCACCACUUGAUUUGGAUCCUCCUAUUAAUCCUACACAACCCACUCAAGAAAUGGAUCCUCCUAUUAAUCCUACACAGCGCACUCAAGAAAUGUUGGAGCCCAAAAAUGAUGAUGAUGAGCCACUUGGAGUUGAUGAGGAUGGUUCUGACACCGAAUCGCUUGUUGCACCAAGUAACAGCAGCUAUGAGAGUGACAUGGCUAACUCUGAUUUAUCUGAUUCUGAAUAUGAACCUGAUGAUGAAAUACUUGAUGAGGAUGACGAAGAUGCUUUGUCUAUAUUUGAUUAUGAUGUUGAUAAUCCCUGUGUUGAUGUUGGUGUGGUGUUCCCUGAUGUGAAACAGUGCAAAUCAGCUUUGACACAUCAUGCAAUAUUGAAUGACUACGCUUUUCGUACGGUGAAGAAAGACAAACAACGAUUCCGAGCCAAAUGUUUGAGGGCAGAGCAAGAAGGCUGCGAUUGGAUAUUUUUUGCAUCUACUAGCAAGAAAUCUAUAGGCUGCAAGGUUAAGCAAAAUGGACCAUUGCACAAGUGUAGUUCGGUCAACAAUUGUGGUGACACAAUGGCCACAAAUAAUUGGGUGGCUGAAAGGGUGGUUGAUAUGUUGAAGGAAGACCCAACGAAAAAGCCACAGGAGCUACAAGAUGCAUUGAACAAGAGGUAUUCACUGGACAUUCCUUAUGGCAAGGUUUUUAGGGGCAAAGAAAAGGCUCUUUGCAUGUUGUUUGGAAAAUGGGAUGAUAGUUAUGCUUUGCUGCCCACUUAUAAAGCUGCACUACUCAAUUCAUUGCCAGGAAGUAUUGUUGAGUUAGACACAGAAAAUCAUCAGGGUGAUGUGUGUUUCAGGAGAUUUUUUGUUGCACUAAAACCCUGCAUUGAUGGUUUCUUGCAAGGAUGUAGGCCCUAUAUUUCAAUUGAUGCCACCCACCUAACAGGUAGAUCACGAGGUCAGUUAGCGGCUGCUGUGGCAAUAGAUGUGAAAAAUUUGCUAUUUCCAGUUGCUUAUGGAGUGAUUGAGGCUGAAUCAAAAGAGAGUUGGACUUGGUUUAUUCAGAAGUUGAAGGUUUCUAUUGGUACACCUACAGGCUUAGUUAUUAGUGCAGAUGUAGGAAAGGGUAUUGGAGGUGCUGUGGAUGAUGUGUACCCAGGAGUGGAGCAUAGAGAAUGUAUGAGACAUCUAUGGAAGAAUUUCAAAAAGCAGUAUCACGGAGAAGUGUUCAAUUAUAACAUGUGUCCAGCUACCAAAAGUUACACUAUUCAGAAAUUUAAUUGGCACAUGGCUAGGAUAAAAGAGAAGUGCCCUGGAGCAAUUGUUUACUUAGAUGAGAACCAUCAAUACUUGUGGAGUAGAAGCAAAUUCUCUGAAGAUUGCAAGGUAGACUACAUCAAAAACAAUCUAUCUGAAUCUUUCAAUAACUGGGUGAAUAAAGUCAAAGACUUAUAGAUUGUGGAAAUGCAUGAUCAUUAAAAAGUUUGUGUUGCGAAGAAAGAUUGCAAUGUCCAUGGAGGGAAGAAUAAUCCCAUCUAUUACUAAGGCUCUUAUUGAUCAAAGCAAAGCAAUCAAGGAUUGUGAGGUUUUAAGAUGUGCGCAUGGCACUGCUGAAGUAACCGCGCCAACCAAAUCUGGUGCUCUUUUCAGGCAUUCAGUCAACUUAGAGAAUAAGACAUGCAGUUGUAGGGCUUGGCAAGUGAGUGGAAAACCCUGUAGACAUGUUUUAGUCUUCAUUGCAAAACUUAGUAGAGAGGUGCAGAUGGAUGAUUAUGUCCAUGAUUACUUCUCAGUUGAAAAGUUCAAAAAGGCAUAUUCAGGUAUGUUCAAUCCAAUGACAUCCAAGCAUUUGUGGCCACAUGUGGAUCUAGAGUAUAAAAUCAAGAAGCCAAAAUUGCGAAGAAAGCCUGGGAGGCCAAGAAAAACUAGGAUUAAAGCCUCAGAUAAGCCUGGGGUUACAAAGAGAAGACGGUGCCCUGAAUGUGGUGAGCUAGGACAUACAGCUAAGACAUGUCAAGGUGGUUUGACUGCUAGGCAAAAGAGGAGGCUCUCAUCUUCUGAGAAUGCAUCGGAGGAAGGAAGCAAUGAUUCUAGCACUGCCAUGCAUCAUCAGAAGUGCGUAGGCGAACAAGGAGGCCAUCACCUGCUGUAUCAUCCAAUGCUACUACAAGUCAGAUUAGAGGGAGAGGCAGCAGAGGGAGACCACCAACAGGGAGAGGCAGAGGAAGAGGAAGAGGAGUUUCAAAGCUUGCUGCCUAUUUCAAUGCUUAGAAAUGUCUACAGACUUUGGACAUGAGAAACCGAGCACAUAGGACCUUGCUGCCUUUAUUUUGUAUGCUUACAUGUGAUGUGAACACAUAAUCUAUCCCUAAUCUAAUGUGUAAGACUAGUGAUCUGGACAUGUAUUGUGCUAUGUGAACAUGUGACCUUGCUGCCAUGUUAUAUCAUGCGAUUUGGAUGUGUGCUUUGAAAUAUAUCAUGUGACCUGAACAUGUGUUCAACCUGCUA